AUGGUCUUCAAGGCACCAAGUGCUGCAGGCACUCUGCCUCCGAUCCCGGACAACAUCCCGAUUAGCGAGUUCAUGUUCACUGAAGGACAUGGACGCUAUCCUAUGGCGAAAGCCAGACACCCAUUUACCUGUGGACUCACGGGCAAGACAUACUCGACGUCCGAGGUGAAGGAGCGGGUGGAGUACCUGACGCGUGCGCUGGCGAAGGAAUUGAACUGGGAGGCUAACAGAGGUACUGAAUGGGACAAGACAUUGGCUGUUUUCAGUCUCAACACGAUUGAUACGUUACCGCUGGCUUGGGCGACGCACGAACUGGGGGGUAUCGUGUCACCAGCCAAUGCAGCUUACUCCGCAUCAGAGCUCAAGCACCAGUUGAUCGACUCCAAGGCCAAGGCCCUGUUCACAUGCGUUCCGCUCCUCCCUGUCGCAUUAGAAGCAGCAUCGGCGGCUGGUCACCCCACGAAUCGCAUCUAUUUGAUAGACGUUUUGCCAGGUAGCGAAAAUCUUCCUGCGCAGUAUAAGACACUCUCACAGUUGAUUGAGGCUGGAAAGUCAUUACCGAAGCUGGAAAAGAUUUCAUGGCGGGCUGGUGAGGCAGCGCGUCGGACGGCUUUCCUAUGUUAUUCGAGUGGGACAUCUGGCUUACCGAAAGGAGUAAUGAUCUCGCACCGGAACGUUAUCUCGAAUAUCCUGCAAAUUACAGCCUCUGAGAAGUCCUGGCGUGAUGCACAAAAAACAAAAGACGGCCAGUACUAUACCGAUGUUCUGCUCGGAUUACUUCCACAAAGCCACAUCUAUGGGCUCAUUGUGAUGUGCCAUGCUGGGCCCUUUAGAGGCGAUCAAGUCAUCGUUUUGCCCAAGUUUGAAUUAGAGACCUAUAUGGCCGCUGUUCAGAACUUCAAGAUCACCUCUCUCUUCGUGGUGCCCCCGAUCAUCAUAACAAUGCUGCGGAACGCUCAGGUCUGUGCGAAGUACGACUUCAGCUCGGCGAUCUCUCUCUUUACCGGGGCCGCACCACUAGGACGGGAAACAGCAUUAGACUUCCUGAAAGCCUACCCAGGCGUUGCGAUAAGACAGGCAUAUGGCCUUACCGAGACGGCAACGGUAGUGUCCGCUACACAGUUUGAAGACAUCGUGCUUGGUUCUUCUGGAUGGCUUGUCCCCGGCGUGGAGGCACGUAUAGUGACACCGGAAGGCAAGGAAGUAACCGACUACGAUACCCCUGGGGAGCUGUGGAUUAAAAGCCCAAGCGUUGUGCUUGGCUAUUUGAACAACGAGAAGGCCACCAAGGAGACAUUUGGGGAUGGUUGGAUGCACACUGGUGAUGAAGCCGUGAUUCGAAAGAGCCCUAAGGGUUUCGAGCACGUGUAUAUUGUCGAUCGCAUCAAGGAAUUGAUCAAAGUCAAGGGCCUGCAAGUAGCACCAGCUGAGCUUGAAGCUCAUCUUCUCACUCACCCGGCCGUUGCGGAUUGCGCUGUCAUCGCUAUUCCCGAUGAGUCCGCUGGUGAAGUGCCCAAAGCGAUCAUCGCCAAAUCACCUUCCGCAGGGCCGGACGACGAUGCAACCAUCAAGUCUAUCUUGAAGCAUGUGCAGGAUCACAAGGCUCGACACAAGUGGUUGAAGGGUGGUGUACGAUUCAUCGAGGCGGUGCCGAAAAGCCCAAGUGGAAAGAUAUUGCGACGGCUUCUCCGUGACCAGGAGGCCGCGAUGCGCAGAAAGGCAGCGGCCAAGUUGUAA